ACGCAUAUCCUAACGUAUCUUCCUCCCCAAGGCUCCCUUUUAUCCUCUCCACAACUAGAAUAUUAUGUCGAAGUUCACAGGACUCCUCAUGGGCAUGGGCAAUCCUUUGCUCGACAUUUCCGCCAACGUCGGUCAGGACGUUCUUGACAAGUACGAAGUCAAGCUGGAUUCUGCAAUUCUUGCAGAAGAAAAACACCAGCCUUUGUAUCCUGAACUUAUUAAGAACUACGACGUGCAGUACAUCGCAGGCGGUGCCACCCAGAACUCGAUCCGCGUCGCACAGUGGAUGCUCAAAGAUAAGAAAGGGCAAACGGCAUUUAUGGGCUGCGUUGGCAACGACGAAUACGGCGCACAACUCGAAAAAUGCGCUAGCGACGAUGGAGUGUUGGUCCACUACAUGAAAGACGAAACGACGCCCACCGGAACCUGUGCAGCCCUCAUCAAGGACGGGGAACGCGCCUUGGUUGCCAACUUGGCCGCCGCGAACAACUUUAAGGAAACACACUUGACAACCGAAAAGGCUCAGGAAAUCAUUGACGCUGCCCAGUUUUACUAUUGCGCUGGUUUCUUCUUGACCGUCUCCGUUGAAUCCUUGGUCAAGGUCGCGGGACAAGCCGUCGAAAAGGGCAAAACCUUUUGCCUGAAUCUUUCGGCACCCUUUAUUGUUGACUUUUUCGGAGAUCAACUGGCCGCCGCUUUGGAAUUCGCCGAUUUUUUGUUCGGUAACGAGAGUGAGGCCGAAGCUUACGGCAAAAAGAACGGCAUGGGUGAAGACCUGAAGGAAAUUGCGCUCAAGAUUUGUGCACUCCCCAAAAAGAGCUCCAAACCGCGCACCGUGAUUUUCACACAGGGGAGCAAGUCCACAAUUGUCGCGUGCGACGGUAAAGUGGAAGAGUUUGCUGUCGAGGCGCUGGAGGCGGACAAGUUGGUGGAUACAAAUGGUGCUGGCGAUGCCUUUGUCGGAGGGUUCCUCUCUCAAUUGAUCCAAGGUAAAGAUAUGGCAACUUGCGUCAACGCGGGACACUGGGCAGCCCGGUACAUUAUCCAAACGUCAGGAACAACAUUGGGAGCAACCUGCGAUUAUUCAGCUUAA